AAUCACCAAACUUACAAAAUCUUCCAAUUCCCUAGAUUUUGUAACCAACAUAACCUCAAAUUUUCGUAUGUGUUUUCGGCAAAGUUUUCGUUUGUCCUCUGUGUUUUAAAGUGUUAUUAGCCCAGAAGAGGGCAAGUGUUUGCAACAAAAUGAGGAUCAGUCUGAAUUUGAGCAAGUUUUUUGAAGAUCACCGCUCUUUGGCCAAAAUUUUCAUAAACAAAAAUUUCAAAUGUAUAAAAGACGUUGAAAAACACAUAACGAACAUUUUCGGAAUUGAGAAUUUCUAUUUAAAGUGUGACAACCACUAUUUGCCAGAAGCUGAAGACGUUCAUGUGCUAAAUGAGGAUGAAGUGGUGUGGGCCAUUCCGUUCGAUGAGACCACAGUUGAUUUCACAUUUGAUGCUACUGAAGAGGAAGAAAAACCAAAGGUAAAAAAGAAGAAGAAACACAAGAGUGAUGAAACAAUGGAAGUAGAAGAGGAGCCGCUGAUCCAGAAAAAGAAGAAAACGAAGAAAAAAACUGAAAAGUUGGAUGAGCCUGAAACGAAAAAUAUGAAAGAAGAAAGAAGAGAAAAUGAAGCCGAGUUUGAAAGAAAGAAGAAAAAAAGAUCUUUUGAUCCUACGGAUACUUCAACUAUUGAGAGGAAAAAGCCCAAAGAAGACUUUGUUUCCCAAAAUAACGGAAACUUGAAAAACUCAUCUAGUUCCGGUGAUGAAAGUUUUACACCACUUGGACAAAACAGCACGAGCGUUAAGUCACUCGUUGACAGUUUUGAAAAUAAGUGUGCUAGGAAAAACCACCCCUUUAUAAAUAAUGCCUUCGAAAAACGAGUAAAUAUUGUGAAAACUAUAAUAAUUUCAAAUGGAAAGACUGACAUGCUGAAAGAUAAGAAGUUAGAAGACUCGUCAGGAGUGCACAGUAACAGCUCAGCUGAUAAUAUAAAUACAGAAAAUAACGAUGCAAGUAUUAGAGAUGAUAGCAGUAUUACUACAAGUAAUACAGAUCCUUCAAACCUUGAUAUUUGUCAGCCUAGGAAGAGGAAACGCACUCGCCGUCACAAAAACAAGAAAAAAACUAUUGAUUACGAUUUUCUAAGGAAUUUAAAUGUUUCCGACUUUUUAGAAACUUCUAAGGCUUCUACGAUCGAGUUCAAACCAUUAGAAAAAGCUCCUGUUCACGUUAGAUUUGACGAAGAAGAUUCAGACAAAAGUCAAGUUAAAAAUAUUACUGAUUACGAAUUUUUAAACACUUCUAAGACCAGUAAUUGUAUAAUCAAGUUUAAAAAACCAUUAGAACAAGCUCCGGUUUCAGAAGAAGUUUCAAACGAAACUAAAGUUGAAAACAAGACUGAAAACGAAAAACAAGAAAAAUCUGAGGAAAACAAAUGUAACGGUGACGUGGUUACAAAACCGGCUCCUGAAAAAAAUGAAAUAGCUAAUGGAAAGUUGAAUGGUGAUCAAGUUAUAACUCUAGAUGAGCCUUUUGAUGAAGAAACAUUUGUUAAGUGUAUGUUGCAAUUUCCUGUCAUUUCGGGAAUUGAACCCAGAAUUGGGGAUGUGAUAGCGUUCAAGAUUCUUAGGAUUUCUGAAAAUUACACGCCUGAGAUAUCGUCCUGGAUAGUGGGAAAAGUUGUAAACUAUAAAAAUAAGGAGGUUACGUUUGAUAUUACACAUGGGCAAGAUCAGUGUGUGAAUCCUCAAGGCAAGUUUUGUCUAGAGCAGGAAGAACCAGAAGAACAAAGUAACGAAUUCAAAUGUUUGUGGCAGAAUGUAAUAGAACCGAGGUGUAUUUAUCCCUAACACGUUAAUGUUUCUUCUUAUUAUUCCUGUUAAGUGUAGUGAUGAAACUACUGUUAUAAAAUAUUUUGUUUGUAAAAUUCUACAAUAAAUUUAUGAAAUCGU